GUCUAGGGUUUGUGGCUGGGAGCUUGAGUGAGAUUUUUCCCACUUGGGUGCUUUUGCUUCUUGGUGCUCUCCAGAAUUUUGUUGGGUAUGGCUUGCUUUGGCUUAUUGUCACUCAGAGAUUGCCCAAUUUGCCUUUGUGGGUGCUAUGCACAUGUAUAUAUAUGUGGGAACAAAUGGAGAGACCUUCUUCAACACAGCAGUUUUGCUUUCAUGUGUUCGGAACUUUCCCAAAAACCGGGGUCCUGUUGUUGGGAUACUAAAAGGAUUUGCUGGGUUAAGUGGUGCAAUUUUGACUCAGGUGUAUUAUAUGAUUAAGGUACCAGAUAAAGCAGCAUUGAUUUUUAUGGUUGCAGUUGGUCCAACAGUAGUUGUCAUUGCUUUGAUGUACAUUGUAAGACCUAUUGAAGGUCAUAAACAAGUUAGAGAAUCUGAUGGUUCUAGCUUCUUAUUCACCUAUUGCAUUUGUCUUGUUUUGGCAGCUUAUUUGCUUGGAGUCCUGAUACUAGAGGAUUUUAUGAGCUUGAAUGAAACUUUGCUCACUUUGCUUGUCAUAGGCUUGAUUGUUCUCAUAUUAACGCCAAUUAUAAUCCCGGUAGUAUUAGUUUUCUUCUCAAAACCAAAACAUUCAGAAGUGGAGGAGAGCCUCCUAUCUGAGUCGGAGAAACAAGAAGCUGGAACAUCCGAGCAAGAAAUAAAUGAGGCUAUUCUUAGUGAGGUUGAAGAUGAGAAGCCUCCUGAAGUAGACGUGCUCCCGGCUUCAGAAAGGCGCAAAAGAAUGAAUGAACUUCAGGAUAAACUUAUUCAAGCAGCUGCUGAUGGAGCUGUGAGAGUCAAGAGCGGCAGGAAAGGGCCACAUAGAGGAGAGAACUUCACAUUGGCACAAGCAUUGAUGAAGGCAGACUUUUUGCUCAUAGUCACCUCCAUGAUACUGGCUGCCGGCUCUGGUUUGACAAUUUUCAACAACCUUGGUCAGAUCACUCAAUCACUUGGCUACAAUGAUUCAAGCAUUUAUGUUGCCAUGAUCAGCAUUUGGAACUUUCUUGGCCGUGUUGGCGGUGGCUACUUAUCCGAGAUUAUAACAAGAGAUUUUGCAUAUCCAAGGCCACUGGCCAUGUCAAUAGCUCAGGUCAUCAUGUCAUUCGGGUUUUUCUACUAUGCAAUGGGAUGGCCAGGGAAAAUCUAUGUUGUCUCAUUGUUGGUAGGACUAUGCUAUGGUUCCCAUUGGGCCAUUUUGCCUGCUUCAGUAUCUGAGCUAUUUGGAUUGAAGAGUUUUGGUGCCUUGUAUAAUUUUAUCACACUGGCAAAUCCUGCUGGCUCACUAAUAUUCUCAGAACUCAUUGCUGGUACAAUAUAUGACUACUAUGCUAAGAAUCAAGCCGGUCUGCAACACUACCAGCAUUCGAUAUCAAUGCUUGCAGAACCUCUUCAUCAAAACCAAUCACUCACUUGUUUGGGCUCUAUUUGCUAUUCCCUCACCUGUGGGAUUCUGUCUGGUGUAUGCAUUAUUGCAUCAGUUCUAAGUUUGAUUGUUGUUUACAGAACAAGAAGAGUCUAUUCUCAACUCUAUGGAAAAUCACUCAGUUGAGUUUCAAAAGAUCCUGAAAAUGGAGAUUACAGUUACAAUUUGAACAUGUAUAUGUAAUGUAUAUCAAACACUUAGCAGCAUAGUUUAUCCAAUGAAGAAGAUCAUAAACCAGAAAAGUGCAUGUGUUUUUGUUC